AUGACGAAAGAUCCCAGUUCUUCGAUCGUCCGUCUCAACAUCGGAGGGAAGAAAUUUUCCACUACCGUUGACACUCUGACGAAUCGAGAGCCGCAGUCCAUGCUUGCAGCAAUGUUCAGUGGUCGACAUACUCUGUGUCAGGAUUCUGAUUCGGGACAGAUCUUUGUUGAUAGGGAUGGGAAGCAUUUUAGGCAUGUUCUGAAUUGGUUGAGGGAUGGAGUAGUCCCCACUCUAUCAGAUGCGGAAUAUUCGGAGCUUAUGCGAGAGGCUGAAUACUAUCAGCUACUUGGGCUUAUAGAGGGAAUCAAUUCUGCUCUGAAUAAGAAGAAGGAAGCUGAUGAUAUGGAUACUGAAUUGACGAGAACAGAUAUCAUCAAGUGUAUACAGUCUGAGAGGGUCCGGUUUAGAGGGCUUAAUCUUUCUGGCCUAGACCUCUCCAAAUUGGAUCUAUCGUUCGUUGACUUCAGCUUUGCUUGUCUCAAGAAUGUCUUCUUCUCACGUGCUAAUCUUCAGUGUGCUAAAUUCAAGGAUGUGGAUGCUGAGGGUUCCAUAUUUCAUAAUGCUACUUUGCGGGAAUGUGAAUUUACUGGUGCAAAUCUACGUGGCGCUGUAUUAGCCGGGGCUAAUCUUCAGAGUGCAAAUCUACAAGAUGCUUGUUUAAUAGAUUGCAGUUUCUGCGGGGCAGAUCUACGCACAGCUCACUUACAGACUGCUGACUUUACCAAUGCAAACUUGGAGGGGGCAAACCUAGAAGGAGCCAAUCUGAAGGGUGCAAAACUGAUCAACGCUAAUUUAAAGGGUGCAAACCUGCAACGUGCUUAUUUGCGACAAGUCAACUUUCAGAACACGCAUCUGGAAGGUGCGAGGCUUGAUGGUGCCAAUUUGCAUGGGGUGAUUCGAUGA